AUGGCAGAUGAUAAGAUAAAUACUAUUUCUACUUUUUCAUCAACAGCAACAACAGUAGUUAAUGUACCAGCAAUCAAACAAUCUUCAAUAACAGUAGCAGUACGAGUACGACCUUUUACAGAAAAUGAAACAACAAGAUUAAUAAAAAGUGAUCAAGAUGAUAUUUUCCUUAGUGAUGGAAGUUUAUCAGAAAAGGAUAUAGUAAAACAAAAAUUCAUGUCACAAGUUGGAAUUAGAAAAAUUAUAAAUGUAGUUGAUGAUAGAAUGUUAAUUUUUGAUCCUCCAGAAUCAAAUCCAAUAGCUAAAUUACAAAAAAAUUUAUUCCCCAAGGGAUCAAGAAUAAGAGAACAUAAAUUUGUAUUUGAUAAAUUAUUUGAUGAAGAUGCAUCACAAGAUCAAGUAUAUCAAGCUACUACAAGACCAUUAUUAGAAUCAGUUUUAGAUGGAUAUAAUGCAACUGUAUUUGCAUAUGGAGCAACUGGAUGUGGGAAAACUCAUACAAUUCUGGGUACUUUAGAUAAUCCUGGAGUUAUAUUUUUAACAAUGAAAGAAUUAUAUGAAAAAAUUGAGGAAUUAAGUGAUACAAAAUUAAUAGAUAUUAGUCUUUCAUAUUUGGAAAUUUAUAAUGAAACAAUAAGAGAUUUACUUAAUCCUGAAACUGAUUAUAAAAAAUUAGUAAUUAGAGAAGAUUCAAAUAAUAAAAUUACUGUAUCUAAUUUAUCAAGUCAUAGACCAGAAUCAGUAAAUGAAGUUAUGCAUUUAAUAAUGGCAGGAAAUGCUAAUCGUACAUCAAGUCCCACCGAGGCGAAUGCAACUUCAAGUAGAUCUCAUGCAGUUUUACAAAUAAACGUUGUACAAAGAAAUAGAACUGGAGAUAUAAAAGAAGAACAUACAUUUGCUACAUUAUCAAUAAUUGAUUUAGCAGGUAGUGAAAGAGCUGCAGCAACUAAAAAUAGAGGAGUAAGAUUAAAUGAAGGAGCAAAUAUUAAUAAGUCAUUAUUAGCUUUAGGAAAUUGUAUUAAUGCUUUAUGUGAUCCAAAAAGGCGAAAUCAUGUACCUUAUAGAGAUUCAAAAUUAACUAGAUUAUUGAAAUUUUCUUUAGGUGGGAAUUGUAAAACAGUUAUGAUUGUAUGUGUUGCUCCUAGUAGUAUACAUUAUGAUGAAACUUUAAAUACAUUGAAAUAUGCUGAUAGAGCUAAGGAAAUUAAAACAAAAUUAAUAAGGAAUCAACAUAAUUUAGAUCGUCAUGUAGGAUCAUAUUUAAAGAUGAUUACUGAGCAAAAACAAGAAAUAGAGGAAUUAAGAGCUAGGGAAAGUCAAAUAACCGACAUGGCCGUUGAAAAACGUAAAAAAGUAGAACAAAAUACAUUUAAAUUAUUACAAGAGACCAUUCAUUCAAUAAGGAACAAUAUUUCAAGAUAUAGUCAAGAGAAAUUCAAAAAAUUAUUCUUACUAGCGAAACGAAAAUUAUUACUACUUCAAAAGAUUGAAACGGAACAAUUACUAUCACCUGCUCCAGCUCACAUAAAUCAUUAUGAUCAUUACAUAUCUAUAAUAUAUAACUUACGAGAUCAAAUAAUAUCGAAAAUAGAGAAUCAAAUUGUUCAAAUAGAAAAACAAUACAGUCAAUCAUAUGAAAUAGAUCAUAUAUUAAAUGAAUCAGCAAAUCAACAAUUGAAAAGAUUACAGGAUGAUCAAGGCUGGACCAAUAGUCAUACUGAAAUUUUCAAUGAACUUAUUUCAUCUUUACAUAAUCAAGUACAAAUAGAUUUAUUAGUUAAAUCAUCAACUUUAUAUGAUAAAUUGAUUCAUUCAUUAUAUGAUUAUUAUUACCCUUCAAGAGCUAUAGCCAACUAUUUAUCUCAAAAUCAUGGAAAUAAUGAUGAAAUUCUACUACAAAGUUUAAUUCAAGGUUUAGAAAAUUUAGUAAAUGGAAAUUUUGAAACAGCAAUGGAAUCUCAUGCAAUUGAAUAUUUUAAAGCAAGAUCAUGGGAAGAAUUUGAAAUUGAUAUACAAAAUCAAAAUCAACCUACAAAAAAACCAAAAUUAACACUGUCACCUCCUAAAAUAUCCACUAUUCCAAUACAUUAUAAAAGACCAUCUAUAAAACGAAUAAAAAGUUCAUCAAUACAUAAAACACCAAGAAAAUCUAAACUAAGUAAUAAUAACAAUAUCACAAAUAAUUCAAAUGGAAGACAUCAUUCUUUAAAAUUACCUUCAACAACAACACAAGAACCAGAUUCAUCAAUUGAUGAAAUAACAUUUCAAAAUAAUUCAGAUAUAAUGAUGUAUAAUGAAACAGAAGAAGAAGAAAAAGAUUCACCAGAUAUAAAUAAAAUUGUUGAUUUAGAUUUACAAUUAAAUUUACAAUUAGAUUCUCCUCCACCUCCACCAUUAUUAAAAAAUAAUUCAUUUAAUUUUGAUAAAGUAGUUACAAGAAAUAACGCUAAUGAAUCAAAAUUAAAUAAUGGAAAUUUAAAUUUUAAUAUGACUGAACUGAAAUUACCUUUAUUAAAUACUCAAGCUGCAUCUAAAAUUCAACAAGAUAUUGAAAAGGAUAAUAGAAUAUGUUAG